AAAAAAAAGAGACCCUUCUCAUUUUUCUUCUUCCCUCUUUUUUUUUCUCUCUCUUGAGCCAUGCUUGUCUGUAGACGUCUUCUCAGUUUAACCAACAAAAGAUAUAUUCAUACAACUCCUGCUGUAUUGGCAGAGAGUGAUGGUUUAUUUGGCAAACUCAAUCCUUGGGCAAAGAAAGAACAACCUCAGACAGUUACCCCUGCUCAACACACUAAUGAAGAAGUAGUGGCUCCUGUCACUUUUGAUGUCAAAUAUGAAGAAGCAGAAGAAAUCACCUCCUGGAAACGAUCUGAUGUAUUGACCAAUGAACAAGAGAUCGAAUCUACAUUGAAGUCUGUGAUCUUACAGCACUUGCAAAACGCCAAUGAAACAAACUGGAAGGAAUUACCUUUUGAAGACUCACACAUUAAAUUCCAAAUUCUCAAGGAAAGCAUCAAACAAACCGGUAAAGAAGUCCCCAACUAUCAAUUAAGUCAAUUAGAAACAACAGGCCAUGUUUUGGAAUUCUUCAAGCAUACUCAAGUACAAACUCAUUCUACUAUUGAAGAUUAUUUCUUGUCCAACAAGGACAGUUUACCAACCAACUUGACAUUCGCUUCUAGAGAAUAAACGAUUUUAUACACGUUGAUUUAUGUCUUGAAAUAGUUUUUGAUGCAUACACCAUAGUCUAUCUGGAGGAACCAUGCUAAAAUAAAUAGCAAAUAGUUCUCUAUCUUGUUCCUGUUGAUAUAAAAAAUAGAAUUCAUGGUCUUUUGAUGCUUGUGACAUGCGAUCCUUUCUGUCUCGAUAACAAAGACCUAAUCGUAACAUAUCAUUGCACUGAAUAAAGACAUAAGUGAAAAUGAUUUGUACAUAGAU